AUGAGCCCGACAGCCACCUCGACAGCCACCCCGACAGCCGACACUCCAUACAAAAAGAACUCACCCAAGUCGGGGAGAUAUAGCACCAGCCUGUCCUCUGGAAGCAUGGAAGUAGAGGGGUUGGGGACGAGCCUAGGUAAUGCCUUACAAAGUGCAUGCUCGGCAUCUAAUGUUAAACUGGAGAUUGUGAGGUUCCUGGUCGAGAACGGGGCCGAUGUCAAUGCCCAAGGCGGCAAGUAUGGCAGUGCGUUACAAGCCUCAAUCGCGAAUCACAAGCAGUCGGUUGAGAAAUUCCUACUCACCAACGGAGCAAAACUCCAUAGCCAGAUUACUGAGAUUCCCGAGGACUCUCGACAAUGUGGUUGA